GGAGGCGGGUUUAAGGUGGGUCGUGUGGCCGCGGUAACUUUCCUAACAGAGCCAAAGAGGCGCCCAGAGUCCCCCGCAGCAGCAUCGCCUCCCCGUCCUGGGCAGCGGCACCAGCGCGGUGCACCCGUGCGAACGGCCCCGGCUUGGCCGUUGCAGCCCGCGUUGCCGCUCGCCGCCUCCCGCCGCCGCCUCUCGCAGCGUCGCGCUGCCGCCGCCGCAGCCCCACGGAUCCAGCCCCGACGGCGGGGCUCCGGCCCCGGGUCCCGCCGAGGGCCAAGCAACUUCCAAAGAGCUUUCUUCUGCUAUCCUGCUAACGUGCUGUGUGUCUUCAUGUGGUCGUAGUCUGUAAAAACAGGAUCCAUCAGGAAUUUUUAGCACUUUGAGAUACAACAAUGGUGGCAUAUAUGCUGUUCAGGUGGAUUCUGAAAGGGCUUAUUCUGUCUUUUCUGCUCAAAACUACUCUGUCCCUGAACCCAGAUGAUCCAAACGUUUGUAGUCAUUGGGAAAGCUACGCUGUGACAGUACAGGAAUCUUAUGCUCAUCCUUUUGAUCAGAUCUAUUAUACAAGAUGUACUGACAUACUGAACUGGUUCAAGUGCACUAGACAUAGAAUAAGUUAUAAAACAGCAUAUCGAAGAGGACUAAGAACUAUGUAUCGGCGAAGAUCUCAGUGCUGCCCUGGAUAUUACGAAAGUGGAGACUACUGUAUACCACUCUGCACAGAGGAGUGUGUGCAUGGAAGGUGUGUUUCUCCUGACACUUGUCAUUGUGAACCAGGAUGGGGAGGUACUGAUUGCUCCAGUGGUUGCGAUAGCGAUCACUGGGGACCCCACUGCAGCAACCGCUGCCAGUGUCAGAACGAAGCUCUCUGCAACCCCAUCACGGGCGCCUGCGUCUGCGCAGAUGGGUACCGAGGAUGGCGCUGUGAAGAGCUCUGUGACCCUGGGAGCUACGGCAAGGGCUGCCAGUUUAAAUGCCAAUGUCACAACGGAGCUACCUGCGACCAUAAAACGGGAGAAUGUCACUGUGCUCCCGGAUACACGGGGGUAUUCUGUGAAGAGCGCUGUCCCCCAGGCAGUCAUGGAGCUCAGUGUGAAUUGCGCUGCCCUUGCCAGAACGGAGGAGUCUGCCACCACAUCACCGGAGAGUGCUCCUGUCCUCCUGGAUGGAUGGGGCUGGUGUGCGCACAGCCGUGUCCUCCUGGAACAUUUGGAAUUAACUGCAGCCAGGACUGUCCAUGCCACAACGGAGGACACUGCGAUCCCGUGACAGGAAAAUGUGUCUGUGCAGCUGGCUAUGUAGGAGACAGGUGUCAAGAAGAGUGUCCGAUUGGGACAUACGGCUUUCAGUGCGCACAAAGAUGUGACUGCCAAAAUGGUGCAAAGUGUUAUCAUGUAAAUGGAGCGUGUAUGUGUGACCCUGGAUUUAAAGGGAUUUAUUGCCAAGAAAGAAUGUGUCCAGAAGGGUUUUACGGCCUCAAAUGCAACAAGAGGUGUCCUUGCAAUAUUGCCAACACUCUCAGUUGCCAUCCGUUGUCUGGAGAGUGCAGCUGCAAAGCUGGCUGGGCUGGGCUGUACUGCAAUGAGACCUGUCCCCCCGGAUCCUACGGCGAAGGCUGCCAGCUGACCUGCCCUUGCCAGAACGGUGCAGAUUGUGACAGCAUCACAGGGAAGUGUACGUGUGCACCAGGAUAUAUGGGAGAUGACUGCACCAUUACCUGCAUGGCAGGAACCUACGGUACCAAUUGCUCAUCAGUUUGUAAUUGCAAAAACGAUGGCGCGUGUUCCCCUGUGGAUGGUCUGUGCUAUUGCAAAGAAGGGUGGCAAGGAGUGGAUUGCUCUAUUCCCUGUUCGAGUGGAAGUUGGGGUCUUAACUGUAACCAGACGUGUUAUUGCACGAACGGAGCAGCCUGCAAGCCAGCUGACGGCUCUUGUCUCUGCUCGCCUGGGUGGCAAGGGGAGUACUGUGACCAGCCCUGCCCUGAUGGAACAUAUGGUCUUAAUUGCAGUGAACGUUGUGACUGUAGCCAUGCAGAUGGGUGCGAUCCUGUCACCGGUUACUGCUGCUGUCUUGCGGGCUGGACAGGCAUCCACUGUGACAAUAUAUGUACCCAGGGCCGCUGGGGACCCAACUGCUCCAUCUCCUGUAACUGUGAGAACGGGGGAUCCUGCUCCCCAGAGGACGGCACCUGUGACUGCGCACCAGGAUACAGAGGACCCUUGUGCCAGAGAAUUUGUCCCCCCGGCUUUUACGGACACCACUGCAGCCAGCCGUGCCCCCAAUGCGUGCACAGCAGCGGGCCGUGUCACCACGUGUCGGGACGCUGCGACUGCUUGCCUGGAUUCUUUGGCACUCUCUGCAACCAAGUCUGUCCCAGCGGAAAAUACGGGAAGAACUGUGCCGAGGUCUGUCAGUGCACCGAGAACGGGACGUGCAAUCCUAUCGAUGGAUCGUGCCAGUGUUUUCCAGGCUGGAUAGGGACGGACUGCUCUCAGACUUGUCCCACUGGUUUUUGGGGCCCUGAUUGCUUUCAUUCAUGCAACUGCCACAACGGAGCAAUGUGCAGCCCUUACGAUGGAGAAUGUAGAUGUACUCACGGUUGGACGGGGCUCUACUGCACUCAGCGUUGCCCAGCUGCUUUUUAUGGAAAAAACUGUGCCAAUGUUUGUCAGUGUCAGAACGGAGCGGACUGCGACCACAUCACUGGCCAGUGCACGUGCAGGACUGGAUUUACAGGCAAACAAUGCGAGCAAAAGUGCUCACCAGGAACAUUUGGUUACGGUUGCAAACAGUUAUGUGAGUGCAUGAAUAAUGCUACGUGUGACCACGUCACAGGUACUUGCUACUGCAGUCCAGGCUUCAAAGGAAUCCGAUGUGAUCAAGCGGCUCUUAUGAUGGAAGAAUUAAACCCCUAUACUAAAAUUAGCCCUGCUCUUGGAUCAGAGAGGCACUCAGUGGGAGCAAUCAUUGGAAUUAUUAUUCUCCUUCUAAUUAUUAUGGUCUUGCUGGCACUGUUUGUGUGGUAUCGACGGAAACAGAAGGAGAAGGGCCAUGACAUGCCAAGUGUAUCUUAUACACCAGCCAUGAGGAUGACUAAUACAGAUUACUCACUUUCUGAUAUAUCUCAAGGUAGCGGCAGUGUACAUUGUUUUUCCAAUCCAAGCUACCACACUCUCUCAUGUGGUGUGACUUCACGCUUCUUUACCAGUAAUCUGGAUGGAAACAGCUCCAGUAAGCUCAGUAACAAAAUCCUUGACAGAGAAACUGCAGACUGGAGACCCUACAGCUAUCUGAAUGAACUAGGUGCUUGUGGGAUGGAUAGACGUCAGAACACAUACAUAAUGGAAAAAAGCUUCAAAGAUUAUAUGAAAGAAUCUGUGUGCAGCUCCAGCACUUGUUCUCUGAACAGCAGUGAAAACCCAUAUGCCACCAUUAAAGACCCCCCCAUUUUAACAUGCAAACACUCCGAGAGCAGCUACGUGGAAAUGAAAUCGCCUGGUCACAGGGAGUCCCCGUAUUCAGAAAUGCCAACUUCAUCGACAGCCAAUAAAAACAUCUACGAAGUUGAGCCCACUGUCAGCGUGGUCCAAGAUGCCCGCGGUCGGAGUGCCAGUUACCUCCAAAAUCCAUACGACCUGCCUAGGAACAGUCACAUUCCUAGUCACUACGACCUCCUCCCCGUACGGCACAGCCCGACGCACGGGCCAUCUUGGGACGAGCAGUCUUAAAGGGAUGAACUUCACUGGCGCACUGCGCUGCAAACACAAACUUUGAGGAAGCAAAAGAGAAGACAAUCCUUUUCUGCGCUGCAGGACACUGACGGGACUUCAGACUGUCUUACGCAAGGAACUAACGUAACACAACAUCAGCUUGGGCCAACUGCUGCUGCAUGAUGUUAUUUAUAAAGACAUUUUUAUAUGGGUAACGGGAACUAACGAGAACCUCCUCCACGUGUGACUGGAGCGCAUCAUGCCAGGAAGGUGUCUACAUGCUCCAGGCAAAAACUCUCCGUGGCAUGUAUUCUAACCCUGGCUUUGCUGUAAAAUAAAACACAAAAACAUGCUAAGCAGAAGGACUUAUAGAUGUGCAUUUCUACCAACUGCAUCAAGAAACCUUUUACUGUUAGGAGCAAGGUGACUAGGACUACGCUGGAAUAUAUUUUACAUCUUUGUCAUGGAAAAGGACAUUUUUCUGAACGAAAGCAGGGACACUUGUCAUUUCACUGUCUGGAAACCUCAUUUACUGCCAUCGCCAUGUGCAACCUGUGCAGAUCACGCUUGUUAAUUAGCACCGAGAUUUUCAUCUUUAUAUUCAGUACCAGGGUAUUUGAGUUGAGGAACAUUAAAACAGACACAUUCUGUGUGGUUUUUAAAAUGUAACAUCUUGGCAAACGUCCACUGACUUUUGCUAAUGACUUGGGUUUCAACAAUGAGUCUCACACCCAGCUUACCACACUCUUAACAAGCUAUAAAGUGCUUUGAUUGGCACAGAUAGGCUUUAUUUUUCCUUAUACAGCUUCUAUUUUAUUAGAUAAACACACCAGAUUUCCCAGGCAAUGUAAACCGAUGCACCUUCAUUUACUUCCCUGGGACACUGCAGGUUUCCACAGACUAAGCCUGGUUUGGUUUCCUUUCCUAAAGCUAAGACACGUCAGCUUCUCUAGACCAUCUUUACAAACCAUCUCAUCAUGAUUCACUUAACAGCAUGCCAUUUAUGACACCCUUUAAUUUGAUGUGCAUUACCAUGUAGUGCAACUUUAUUCGUUGAUGAUUCUACCUGAAAUGUCAUUAAAUUGAGCUGAAACU